ACAAGCAAACAGCUCUCUAGCAAAAACAACUUGUUCAGUAUUUUUGAAUUUUCGAAACAAAUUUUUGUUGAAGUUUUCAAAAAGUGAAUUUUUACACACAAGUUCAAAACUAACAAAUUAGUUUGAAGUUUUUCUUUUCUUCCUAAACCGACGAAACAAAAAAAUAAAAAUUUAUCAACAUGUCGAUGUGCUACAACGAUUACAUUAUUGCUAGCAACAAUAGCAUCAACGAGAACAAAUACAACACCGAGAAAUUGGCCAAAUCACCAUCAUAUCGCAUCAAGAAGAUUUUGAAGCCAAUUUUGCGUAUUUUGCGCCAGAAAACAUCUAGCAAGAAAUCACAAAAAGUCGCUGCCAACAAAUUGACCAACGUUGACUAUUCAUUGGACAGCAACCAGUGCUACUAUCACGAUGAGUGUCAACAUCAAAACGAUUACUGGUCAUCGGAAAUCGAUGAGAAUUUUGCCAACGAAGAAUUGGAAUCGCGCAUCCUCAACGAAAUCGCCGAUUGUGAAGACGAUGCAGCCAUCUAUGUGUACAACGAUAAUGAAUGUGAAUUGCAAGCCGUUCAUCGCGAAACCACAUUCAUUCCAGUGCAUUUCGCUCGCACCGAAGCCGGUACAUUCUUCUGGACCACAAUGCAAAAACCAAUCGAUGACGAAGAAACCACAUGCUGGUCACACUGCGGCGAUCGAUGGGUCCAAGCCUAAAUUACAUCACAACCACCACCAUCCAUCAAUUUCAAGUGCCAACAACAUUGAUCUCUUCUUGCUAAGUUUUACAGUAUCAGGAAUAAUUUUCAUGUUUUAACUUCAAUUGAACUGUGGCAUAUUUUGUGAUAUUAGGCUGUUAGGGAACUUUUUUUUUUUGAAUUGUGAUCGAAAUGCGAAUAAUCUUUCAAAUUGUACGAGAAUUAUAACUUUUUUGUUUUGAAUCCAUCAAAUCAAUGUUUCAUCGAACAUUUUGUAAAGACUUCCAACGUCUUCCAUACUUUUAGCGAUAUAUUUUUUAAUGUUUAAUCAACCAUUUUUGUUUUAAAAAAAAAACAACAAUUUUUUUUACUAUACAAAAUAAAACAAAACUCUACGGAGGAA